AUGACCGCAAAGAAAUACUCACGCAAGAGGCCCGUAGAGUGGGAGGAGGAUUCCCCCGGUGAUCGUGAAAAGCUUGUCAAGCAUGGCAAGUUGACAACGGCAGCCGAGGGGUUUUUCGAAGCACUGACGGAGGCUGGUGUUACUCAUUGCUUUGUUAAUCUGUUCGUCUACUGUACCAAGGUUCCCGAGAUCAUUACUUGUCCUUCUGAGCUGGUGGCCUUGUCCGCAGCACUGGGGUAUGCCCAGGUCACUGGUAUUCCGCAAUGUGUUCUCGUACACGUCGAUUGCGGAACUCUGGCUAUGGGGCAAUCCAUCCACAAUGCCUCAGUGAGCAGAGUGCCUGUUUUGUGUUUUGCAGGUCUCAGCCCCUUCACUCAAAAUGGGGAACUGCUAGGCUCAAGGACCGAAUUCAUACAUUGGGUGCAAGACGUGCCUGAUCAAGCAGCGAUUGUCCGCCAAUAUUGCCGAUUCACCGGCGAACUCAAAACCGGACGAAAUGUCAAGGAGAUGGUAUACCGAGCCCUGCAGCUUGCUAUGUCAGACCCUAAAGGCCCGGCCUAUUUGACUGCUGCGAGGGAGGUUCUUGAAGAACGUGUGGAGAGGGAAUAUCUCGGAGAGCAAGCCCUAUGUCCGAUUGCGCCUAGUGCACUACCAGAGUCUGAGGUGGAAUUGAUUGCGGCUGCACUAAUAGGCGCCAAAAGACCGCUGGUCAUUACCGGAUAUCUGGGUCGCAAUCGCCAAGCCCCCUCCCUACUGGCAGAGCUUUGCGAUAAGCUGCCAAUUAGUGUGGUGGAAAUGGUAGGCUCUGAUAUGUGCUUGCGGAGUGACCAUGAAGGGUAUUUGGGUGUCACUGUUACUACACACCCAGAGGUCUGCGAAGCUGAUGUGAUUCUAAUUCUGGACUGUGAUGUGCCAUGGGUCCCUACCGCUGGAAAGCCACAGAAAGGAACGAAAAUCUUCCAUCUGGAUGUUGAUCCGCUCAAACAGCAAAUGCCGCUAUUUUCUAUCAGUAUGACUCGCAGACUCCGAGUCAGUUGCGUGAUUGCGUUGAAGCAACUCAAUGCCUUUCUGGACAAGCAAAGCAUUGACAGAGGGCGCUACACCGAAGCGUUUGAAGCACGCAGCAAUCGCUAUCAAAGCAGGCGGGAAACCUUACGGAGUUUGGAGACUGUGUCUGUCGAAGGUGUCAUCAGUACCCCGUACUUGACGUCUAGAUUGCGAAACAUCCUUCCACACGACACCAUUUAUGUUCUGGAAGCUGUCACCAACGCGGGCGCUGUUAUCAACCACCUCAACCUAACUCAGCCAGGUUCUCUCGUCGGCAGUGGGGCCGGUGGCCUGGGAUGGGGUGGCGGUGCCUCGCUGGGUGUCAAGUUAGCCAAGCCAGGUUCCUUCAUUUGUGCAAUCGUCGGAGACGGAACAUAUCUCUUCAGCCAGAUGGAGAGCGUGUAUUGGAUUGCCCGGCGCUAUAACAUUCCAUUCCUGUGUAUCGUCUUGAACAACAGCGGAUGGAAUGCACCCAAGGUGUCGGCGCUCCUUGUCCACAAGGAUGGCUUGUCAUCAAAGUCGAACAGGAGUGAUCUCAAUCUCUCGUUUAACCCCUCGCCUGACUACCCUGGAAUAGCCGCUGCUGCUGGGGGUGCAUGGGGUGCUACUGUCAAGGCAUCGGGGGAGUUGGAUCCGGCUCUCAAGGAGGCAACAGAUGUUGUCCGCAAUGGACGAUGUGCUGUUGUUGAAGUGGCUGUGCCGUCAAUGUGGAAGGAGAAUUAG